UGCCAGGUUUUGUCCCCCAAUCUGGCCACCUUGUGUGAUAAAAAGGGGCUGCUGUUUGUCCCUCCAAACAUCGACAGACGCACCGUCGAGCUCCGACUGGGGGACAAUUUCAUCACGGGCAUCAAGCGGAAGGAUUUCGCCAACAUGACCAAACUGGUGGACCUGACGCUCUCUAGGAACACGAUAGGAUCGGUCACGCCUCACGCUUUCAACGAUUUGGAGAACCUCCGCGCCCUUCAUCUGGACAGCAACCGCUUGACCCACAUAACGAACGAUACGUUUAGCGGCAUGUCCAAGCUGCACCAUCUCAUUCUCAACAACAACCAGCUCACGCACAUCCACAUAGGAGCGUUCAACGACCUUCUCGCGCUGGAAGAGCUGGAUUUAUCCUACAACAACCUGGAGAGCGUGCCGUGGAUCGCCAUCCAGCUCAUGAGCAACCUGCACACCUUAAACCUGGACCACAACAUGAUCAACUACAUUCCCGAAGGAACCUUCUCCGGGCUUCAGAAGCUCAAGCGUCUGGAUGUAACGUCCAAUAAGCUCCACAAGCUUCCGCCGGAUCCGGUGUUCCAGCGCGCCGGAGUUUUAGCCACGUCUGGGGUUUUGGGUCCGUCGUCGUUCGCGUUGAGUUUCGGAGGAAACCCGCUGCAUUGUAACUGCGAGUUGCUGUGGCUUCGACGGCUGCGGCGUGAGGAUGAUCUGGAGACCUGCGCGGCUCCGCAGCAUCUCGCCGGACGCUAUUUCUGGACCGUAUCCGAGGAGGAGUUCCUGUGCGAGCCGCCGCUCAUCACUAGACACUCGCAAGAGACUCGCGCUCUCGAAGGCCAGCAGGUUUCCUUGCGCUGCAAAGCCCGCGGCGACCCGGAUCCCGUCAUGCAUUGGAUCGCUCCGGACGGGAAGCUGGUGUUCAACUCCAGUCGCACCGUCCUCCACUCGGACGGGACACUGGACAUCCUGAUCAGCACGGUCAAAGACUCUGGGUCUUUCACUUGCGUCGCGUCCAACCCGUCUGGAGAGGCGCAGCAGACGGUGGAUCUGCUCAUCACCAAACUUCCACAU